UGCAUCGUCGUCGCAGUGACCGCGGCGCCCCCGAGCGGCGCGCUCGUAUUCGUAGCUUUAUUUAGUGAUGCACCUAUCAAAACUCGCGUCCAAUUCAAAAGUGAAUUUAGUGUUAUAGUAUCAAUAUCGGAUCUAAUUUAAUCACAAGUUGUCGCCAUGGGGGAUCUAUUCAGGAGUGAGGAGAUGAUCCUGUGCCAACUGUUCGUACAGUCAGAGGCCGCAUAUGUGUCCAUGUAUGAGCUCGGAGAAGCAGGCAUUGCACAAUUUAGAGACUUGAAUCCCCACGUGAACGACUUCCAACGUCGCUACGUGUCCGAAGUGCGGCGAUGCAGCGAAAUGGAGAGGAAGCUCAGGUGGGUGGCCGGGGAGCUGCCUGAACCGCCGCCCCCGCCGAAGCCGUCCCCUAGCAACCUUAGUCCGAGGGAGAUUAAUAUACUAGAAGAAAGAAUUGACUAUAUCGAAUCGGAAAUACAAGAAAUCACACGCAACGCUCGUAAUUUAAAAACAGACUACCUAUCUCUGAUAGAAUUGAAGAUUUUAAUAGAGAAAACCCAGACAUUUUUUCAAGAUCAAAGUGCACAAAGAAAGAUCUCUGCGUCUGUACAGAUAUAUAAUAACGAAGGAGUUUUGGGUCAUCUGGGCUUCAUUGCUGGUGUCGUGGCCACUCACAGGGUUCCGUCCUUCGAGAGGAUGCUAUGGAGGAUAUCCCACGGGAAUAUAUUCUUCAAACAGGCGCAUAUUGAGAAGCCUCUUAAGGAUCCUGUCACAGGUCAUGAGCUUCAGAAAACAGUGUUCGUAGUAUUCUUCCACGGAGAACAGAUCAAACUGAGGGUCAAGAAGGUAUGCAAUGGGUUCCAGGCUACGCUGUACCCAUGUCCCGCUACCUACAAGGACCAACAGGAUAUGCUGGCUGGUGUUGAGAGCAGAAUCAAGGAUCUGGAGAUAGUACUAGAUCAAACAGAGCAGCACAGACGUCUCGUUCUAACGAAUAUAGCGCGGGAUAUCAGUACAUGGAUGGUAGCAGUGAGGAAAGAGAAAGCGAUAUACCACACUCUCAACAUGUUCAGUAUGGACAUUGUGAAGAAAUGCCUCAUAGCGGAAUGUUGGGUGCCACGACGGGAUUUGUACAUCUUGCAGAAGGCAUUGGAUGAUGGCGUAAAAGCAAGCGGCAGCCCCAUCCCAUCUAUCCUGCAUCAAGUGCCCACCAAAGAGAUACCGCCGACCUUCAACCGCACGAACAAAUUCACAAGGGGCUUCCAGAACCUUAUUGAUUCCUAUGGAAUCGCCAGCUACAGAGAAGUUAAUCCAGCUCUGUACACGAUCAUUACAUUCCCCUUUCUGUUUGCUGUGAUGUUCGGUGACGUCGGCCACGGCCUCAUCAUGACAUUAUUCGCUUCCAUUGUUGUCAUAUACGAAAAGAAACUGGCCAAAAAAAAGACAGACAAUGAAAUCUGGAACAUAUUUUUCGGCGGACGAUACAUAAUUCUCCUAAUGGGCAUAUUCUCCAUCUACACCGGUUUGAUAUACAACGAUAUGUUUUCAAAAUCACUUAAUAUAUUUGGAAGUAGAUGGAAAUCUGUAUACGAUAAUGAAACGCUGACUAAGCACAAAAUGCUUGAAUUAGACCCCGCAGAGGCGUACACGCAAACACCGUACCCCUUUGGAUUGGAUCCAGUUUGGGAGUUCGCCGCAAACAACAUAAUAUUUUUGAACUCGUUCAAAAUGAAGCUGUCCAUUAUUUUUGGUGUGAUACACAUGGCCUUCGGUGUGACUAUGAGUGUGGUAAACUUCAACUUCUUCAGGAAAACGGAACUAAUAUAUCUACAGUACAUACCGCAAAUCCUAUUCUUGCUGUUACUAUUUUGGUAUCUAUGUAUACUGAUGUUUAUGAAAUGGACAAUGUACUCCGCGACAGCAACAGACCCAGCUUACGGCACAUCUUGCGCGCCUUCCGUCCUCAUAAUCUUCAUCAACAUGAUGCUACUAAAGGAGACUGAAUCGAAACCUCCGUGCAAAGCGCUCAUGUACGACGGACAGGACGCGCUGCAGAAAACCUUCUUGGUGGUCGCGUAUAUAUGCGUACCAAUUAUGCUGUUCGGCAAACCAGUGUAUCAGAUGUUAGCAGCGAAAAAACGAAAGCAAUACCGUCAAGGCGUGGAGAGUGGCGAGGCCGCCGAGCAAGAUGACGAGCAGGACGGCGGCAUGGGCGAGGUGCUGAUCACGCAGGCGAUACACACGAUCGAGUACGUGCUGGGCACCGUCAGCCACACGGCCUCCUACUUGCGGCUGUGGGCGCUGUCUUUGGCUCAUGCACAACUAUCUGCGGUACUUUGGCAGCGUGUACUUCGCAUCGGUCUCGGCGGUGGGUCCCCGCUGAACUCCCUCACGUUGUUCGUGAUCUUCGCUAUAUGGGCGUUCUUCACUCUCGCCAUACUGGUGCUCAUGGAAGGGCUGUCGGCCUUCUUGCAUACACUUCGAUUGCACUGGGUGGAAUUCAUGAGUAAGUUCUACGAAGGCCACGGCUACGCCUUCGCACCGUUCUCCUUCUCGGCGAUCCUCGAGAAUGAUGAAGAGGAUCCACCAGCUCAAACCAACGGCGCACCGCCCGAGUGACAAGAGCUCACUGAUAUACAUAUAAACUAGCAAUAACUAAACCAGUAUCUAGGACUUUUUAGAGUCAAAGAUAAGAUAAGAGUUUAAGAUGAGACUACUUCGAUAAUUUAUUCUACUAUUUUAAUAUACAAACAUAAAUACCUUAGAUUGGGGGAAAGGGAUUGUUAGUAAUGGGAUCUAACUGCCUUAUUGCUAGCAAUACACCCUAUCAGGUCGACCUCCACGUGGUUCCCCCUGGAAUCCAUCAUGAUUAAUUCUAGUGGAAUUCGUCAUGAUGGACUAACUACUAUUGCUAGCAAUGGGUCAAUUAGACCCCAUUACUAACAAUCCCUUUCCCCCCGCCAAUUAGCGUGUUGUCACAGAUAAAAAAUAAUUUCCUAAAUACAGUUUAACGCGACCUUAAAAAUUAUGUUCAAUAAUCAAAUUGUUUGGAGUAGUUAAUCUUGUUUUAAGUAGAUAGUUAUUUUAUUCAAAUAAAAAUAAGCUUAAUCUAAUACAUAAGCUUUCGAAUGUUAAGUACAUGAAUAUAUGUACUAUGUAUACCUACAAUUGUAAUUAUUAUAUUAUUAUUUGUAAUGUGAGUCAAGAAUAACUUUGUUAGAGACUGAUCGUAAUUCUAUCAAAUGACUUUUACUGCCUUCUAAGGUAAGGAACAAUUACAAAUGUACCUAACGUUAUAAAAGACAUUUUCACAUCUCUACGUAAUUAUUCAUUACAAAAUACUCGUGAUCACUGUACAUGCUCACAUCGAAAAUAGAAUCGAGGCGUCUACCGUGAAACAUAAUUCCGAAGUGUCGAACUGAAAUUUUGUUCGUACGAUAAAACAGCCUACCUACCACGAAAGUUUGAAAUUGCGGACCGAAUAAAUGUCACGAAUUUGUUAAAAUUACAAAAGAUUUACUUUCAAAAUGGUAUAAGUUCGAUCAUUCGAACACUUCAUUGAGAGGUUUGUGAUAAAGGAAAAAAUACUAUACGUCUACAGAACUACUUUUUAAAGUUGUUUAGCCACUAUAUUGGUGAUACGACUGUUUCUUUGUACAUAUUUUCGAAACUUUGGUAGUACAAUACACGGUAAGUAGACAUUUCACUAAAUUCAAAACGAAAUCUAGCCCGUAUAUAACGAAAGACAUUUCGUACGUCAGAAAGUACUCCAAGUAUUCAAACGAUCGAAAUUAUAACACUUUCAUGUAUUUUUUAUGAUUGUGACAGACAGUGUGUAUUUAUUUUGUGUCGAUUGAGUUUUCAUGGUAGGUAGGUAAUCUGCGAUGCAAUUUUUUAUUAAAUCAUAUUUAAAUGUAUUACGAUUUGUAUAUAAAUCUCUUUGUAUCCACAAUUAUAAAUUCUAUUUUUAAAAUACGAACCAAAACCGACAAGUUGAAGUGAGGUUCUAAAUUUUUUUUUCUGCGAUCUCUAUUAAAUUUCUGUAUGCAUAGGUACAGCUAGCUCGAAAUUGUCAAAGAAUGUAAUAUUGAGGAUGACUUUAUUAAUUUCUUUUUUAGUUAAAUAACCCUUAUUGCUCAUAUACAGACGUCCCUCUUUUCCUUACACAUUAAUUACAAAAUAAAACCAUAUUGCACAAUGUCAAUACAACAUGUUCAUUCUUUAUUCAUAUUUGAUGACGUCAUCACUUUUCGAAUCCUGCAUUCAAAAAAAGAAUGACGAUUUAUAAGUGCUUGUAAACAAUUGUAUUUGAAUAAACAUUAUUUGAAUUACACAUAUCUGUACUUCGUUAAGUUCUUUUUAGGCAAAUUACAAAAAUCAAUAUUUUUUAUUGCAAGUAUAUAACAAUAUGUAUUACUAGUAAGUCUAGAAUAUACCACGAUAAGAUAUUCAUUAAAUAAAGUGCCUAUUAAGUGUUUAUAUGUUUAACGUUUUAAAAUAAAAACAAAAUACAAUUAUUGGAUUAUAAGAAAAAAUAAUAUUAUUUUUCUUUAAUUCUUUUUGAUGAAAUAAAAUACGUUCCUUUUAUUUAUUUUUUUUUCUAUCAUAAUCUUUAAAUAUACAUGUCUUGUUUUUGAAAAUAUUCAUGCUAUCUAUUCACUCUUUUGUUACUCUAUUUUAUAUAUAUAAAUAAUAUAAAAUUAAUAAUAAUUUUCAUCUGUAUAAGUUAUAAUAAUUGUAAGUUAUUAAACCUAUAAGUAAAACUAAUAUUAGAUAAAUAAGAGAUUUUGUUAUUAUAAUUUUAUUCUCACGGUUUUAUACCAAAGAAUUGUUUAUAUUUUAUAUUGUUUGUUAAACACUCUAUUUUUUUAUAUAUAUAAGUAUAAUAUAUACUAUACACUUAGAUAUAAUUUAUAUGUUUCUAUCGAAACCUAUAAUAUUUUAACUAAAAACUGAAUUAAACCUAUUUUGCACUAAUAAAUUUAAAGUUGUAGAAAUUUUAUACAUCAAGCUCUGAAUCAUCUAACAACAUAAUCUGACAAACAGACAACAACAAUAAAUAAAUAAAUAAUGGUAAUAGUAAUUCUGGGAUAAAAAAUAAGUUUCUCUUAAUUUAAUCUAUUUUACGUAAAUAAUACCUUCAUAAAAAUAAAACAUACAUUAUUUUAUAUUUUAUUCUAUCAAUUAACGAGUCUGAGCUGACUUUUCUAUAUACAUAUGUAUACAACUACAGUAUGUACAAAUCAUAUCAGUAAUGAAAGUAAAACCAUUUUUUUU